CCUUCUUCUAGACUCCUACUACUCCAAUCACCUCUACAAUGCCUAGAGUAUUGCUUUCAAUUUGGACUCUUACUACUCCAAUCGACAAUACAAUCUGGACUCCUACGAACUAUUUGGUUUCACCAACAACUUCGGAAUUGCUUCCCCUCAAGCCUCGGAGACUCCAUCUCGGUUGUUUUGAAGAAUGUUAAUACGCAACUAGACGACAAGGUUGUGUUGUUGCUGAGAGUAGUACGUAGAUGGAAUGUUCAUAGCAAGGGAAAUUCCUCAGAACCGUAUAUGAUUGAAAUGGUUCUCAUUGACGAGGAGGAAACACGCAUACAAGCUACAAUUGAAAAUGCUCAUGUUUCUACCUUUAAGGACAAAAAUAAGGAGCAUGGUCUUAUAUGCACAUUUCUGUUUUACAUGAUGCACAAUGCUCAAAUCCAACGCCCCAGAAUCAUUCUCAUUUCUCUCCUAAGAUGGUAUUCUCAUUAGAUCCUUACCCUAUAUAUAUAUAUAUAUAUAUAUAUAUAUAUAUAUAUAUAUAUAUACAUACAUGUGUGUGUGUGUGUAGUCCUGUUCGUGUCACGCUCUCUUGAUUGGACUUUCCGUACGGAAUUCGCCGUUUCAGCUUGUUCCCGGUAGAAAAUUUUAAUGAAAAUUUGUGAGAAUGUUAUUCAUAAAGUUUAAAAUAUUACAACAAAAUUUAAGCUUUAAAUUUAAUCUUGAAGUCAAUAAAAUAAAUUACUGAAAAAUAAUGCGCUAUUUAUAUAUAUAUAAAGCGCAGUUCCUUUCAAUAAUUUAUUUUACUGAUUUCCGAAUUGAAUUUUCAGCUUAAAUUUGGUGGACACUCCCUUGUAGACCAGUUAGGUGUAUGUUUAAAAUUAUUAUGUUCUUUGUGGGUUUUCGGAUUUUCAACUCAGUUUUCCUCUAAAGAAUGACUUCUAAUCUUUUUUAAGGUCUUGAAAUUGACAAAUAAUAUGAGAUUACAAGAUCAAUUUGGUGACCGUUCGUGUAUUGAAUUGCAAACUUUUGCUGAGUGGAUCUUAAGUCUUGGGGAUGGCAUACUUGGUGAAGAUAAUGAAGGACAUGGAAUUGUUGAAAUUCCCGAAGAUCUUCUAAUAAAUAGCUCAACCGACCAUGUUGCAUCUAUAGUAGAUAGUAUAUAUCCUGAUUUUACUUCACAUUUUGGAGAUGCAGCAUACUUAGAUGGCUGAUUUUACUUCACAUUUUGGAGAUGCAACAUACUUAGAUGGAAGGGCAAUACUGGCACCUACGCUUUCUAUGGUUGACAUGAUUAAUGAUUACAUGGUUUCGAAAGAUCAAUCUGAUGUGCGCACUUAUCUUAGUUCUGAUGGAAUUUGUCAGUCAGAAUCUGAUGAUCAAUUGCUUAGUGAGUUACAUACUCCAGAAUUUUUAAAUGGUUUUAAGUGCUCGGGAGUCCCCAAUCAUGAAUUGAAGCUAAAAGUUGGUGUUCCUGUUAUGCUGAUGAGAAAUAUUGAUCACUUAUCCGAUCUUUGCAAUGGUACAAGAUUAAUGGUCACAAAACUUGCUGAUCAUGUUAUAGAAGCGUCGAUUUUGAAUGGCUUUAAUCAAGGGAAAAAUUCUUGAUUCCAAGAAUGACAUUAACCCCAUCAGAUUUGAGUCUACCAUUUAACUUCAAGAGAAGGCAGUUCCCACUUUUUGUUUCAUAUGCGAUGACUAUUAAUAAAAAUCAAGGACAAUUGCUUUCUAGAGUUGGAAUUUUCUUGCAAAACCCAAGUUUUACACAUGGACAAUUAUAUGUUGGAGUCUCUAGAGUUACAAAGCGUGAAGGUUUGAAGAUCUUAAUAUGUGAUAAAGAUGGCCGUUCUACAAACUCAAAAACCAAUGUUGUUUAUAAGGAGGUUUUUAGAAAUUUGGACUAAAUCAAUCAUGCUUCUAAUAAUAAGGUAUGUUUAUUUGAGUGUAGUCAAUAAAUUAAUUUCUUAACUAAUGUUAUUCGUAAUAUUAAUUUCAUUGUAACUCUUCUUUCGUUAAAUUAUCUAAUAAAGGUUAUUAAUAGCUACUUCAAGGCUUGGUGAUAUCAAGUAGGUAUAUUAUUUCCCAACACUCUUAUUAAAUAGAUACCAUUCAUUGAUGUUACUUUGUCAAAUCUUACAAGUAAUUAGUGCUCACUCUUAAGAAACCAAGUCAUCAACAAUUUCAUUUUUUCCUAUUAUUAUCAACAAUCUUUAUUGAAACACGCUUAUAUUUCAUUUCACAUACUUUGUAUCAACAAUCUUUUUGUAUUCUUUUAGUUGUACUUCUAUGAGAUGGUUAUGAAUUUGAAAUAGCUCUUUACUUUAUUCAACUAACAUAUCGGUUUUUCUUUUCCGUUACACUUCUUGCAGCUUCGAGAGAGGAUGAGAUUUAUCACUAGAAUCAUCAACUUUUUCAGGAGUUAUGAGAUCAAUUUUGUAGAAAUCUCACGUUCAUGAAAUAUAUUUAUGUUGGAUGUAAAUUGUUGCUAUGUUACAAAAAACUCUUUUGAUUGUUUUAGUAUUAACAUCUUUAUUAAGUUCUUAUUGAUGUAUUUAUUAAGUCCCUAUAUGCGUGAGGAUAAGUUGCAAGAAUCGUAAUUUCAAACUCGCUUUUUAUACAUGUUGAUUUUUUGUAG